CAAGUGAUUUGUGACAAGAGCACAUAAAGUUAUUAAAGUACAAACGAAAAUCAUGUAUCCAACUCAUGAAAUGUAUUGUCCUUCCAGUGUGCUAUCAUCUCCUUGUUGUCGGUCCGCCAUUGUCCAGGUGUUGAUAAUAUGACUUCCACCGUUCCUAACGACCCUCCUCAACCCUUUCUUCCAUCUCAACCAUCAUGCGAUAAAUGAUUCUUUGCAUUUCCCGAUUGUUCUCUCUCCGGUCUUCUUGUCUGUCCCAAGAGUUCUCCAUAGCGGCCCUUAGCGUGUCUAUGUCUCCUAAACUUUUGUACCAACGCGCAAGUCUCCUACUUGAUAUAGCGAAUGGUUGCCGCAUACUUGCUUGGAAAUCACGGUUCCGAUAUAGGAUACGUGCUGGCUGUUCUCUGUCGUCUAUGCUGCUAUCCGAAGAGUUACGAUGUAAUCGUUCAUGGAACCAGUGGGUGAACCUAGCGGAUGACAUGUUUUGUUAUCAAAUGUGGAGCGAGAACUUGCGUGUUCUUAUUUGGUGGGUUAGAAUGGUUCAUGUGGAAAGUAUAAAUAGUCAGGUACACCGAGUUUGCUACACACUAACAGCCUCAUACCGAGAAACCCUGAACGCACAAGAGAAGCCUAGAAAGGUCGAAUAUAGACACGGCGUGACCAAAUGACCAUCAAACACUGUGACUGCAAGUAAGAGAUCAGAUCCUACUAAAUACAGACUCAGAGCAGAGCCUCCAGCCAACUCAAACCAGGCGAUCAUGCUACCGGUGUCCUGUUAUGGAUCGCCCGCUUCAAGCUAUCCAACAGGCUUUCCAUCUGAUCUCGUUUCCUCCUAUAUGUUGGAGCAUCCCCCCUAUUACGAUUCUCGAGCAC